CAGGGAAGUACAUUCACGCAGAAUGGCUGCUCCUAAUCAAGGGUUUGAUGCGCCCUCUAUAAAGCGAGGCUUAUCGGCACGAAAUUGGACUUUAAAAUCAGUUCCAAGUAUUAGAGUUGUAUGGGACCUGCUAAUUCAGCAAAGAUCGGCUGAUGUCGGUACCGUCAGGAAGUUUCUCUUGUAGCUGGCUUUGUCGUAACUAACAGCUAACUUGUAAACAGCGACGUUUCUUUUGUUUUUCUGUUCUCAAAGUGGGGACUGACAGCGUCUGCACCAAUUUUGCACUUUUAGCACAUUAAUACCGCCAGAGUAGCCUGUAAACGAUGUCUAUUUCCAGAUCGAAGGUAGCGGCAGGACUUGUAAUUGCAGGGGUCUUGACAUUUACUUUUGGGGUGAUUAUUCUGUUCGUAGGACCGAUAAUAAUCGACGACCAGAUAGUUAAGAAUGUGGAGAUCAAUCCCAAUAAUGGAUUGUCCUACACCAUGUGGAAGGACAUCCCAGUGCCUUUCUUCAUGUCGGUGUACUUCUUCAAUGUGCUUAAUCCCAGUGAGGUCCUUGCGGGAGAGAAGCCAAUGCUGGAGGAACGAGGACCUUAUGUGUACAAGGAAUACCGUCAGAAGGACAACAUCACGUUUCAUGCCAACAACACUGUUUCUUAUCGGGAGUACCGCCAGUACCACUUUAUGAGGAACAUGUCUGUGGGGAACGAGUCUGAUGUGGUCACCAUCCCUAACAUGCUGGUUCUGGGUGCUGCAGUGAUGAUGGAGAACAUGCCGUAUGCAGUGCGGUUGCUGAUGAGCGCCACGUUCAAGGCCUUCGGUGAGACUGCUUUCUUGACCAAGCCAGUGGGCGAGCUGAUGUGGGGCUAUGACAGCAAGCUGGUGGAUUUCCUAAACAACUACCUCCCUGGCAUGCUGCCCUCCAGUGGCAAGUUUGGCCUUUUUGCUGAGUUUAACAACUCCAACACGGGACUGUUCACCGUGUUCACAGGUCAGGACGACAUCAGGAGGGUCCACAAAGUGGACUCGUGGAACGGCUUAAAGGAGGUGAACUACUGGAGGACUAAGCAGUGCAACAUGAUAAAUGGAACAGCAGGACAGAUGUGGCCCCCCUUCAUGACCACAGAUUCCACACUGCCCUUCUACAGUCCGGAUGCCUGCAGGUCCAUGGAGCUGGUGUACCAGAGGCCAGGGGAGAUGGAGGGGAUCCCAGUGUACCGCUUUGUGGCACCAACAACGCUCUUUGCCAACGGCUCUGUCUACCCACCCAACGAGGGCUUCUGUCCCUGCAGGCAGUCGGGCCUCCUGAACGUGAGCAGCUGUAGGAACAAUGCCCCAGUCUUCAUUUCACACCCACACUUCUACAACGCUGACCCUGUCUUGCGGACCUUCGUCCUUGGGCUGGCACCCACCGAACAUGAGCACGGCCUUUUCAUCGACAUCCAUCCUGAGACUGGUGUGCCGAUGAAUGUGUCCAUUCGGCUGCAGCUCAACCUGUAUAUGAAAAAGAUUUUGGGCGUCACCGAAACGGGCACGAUAUCUGAGGUGGUUAUGCCCAUGAUCUGGUUUGAAGAGAGAGGGUACAUCGAUGGCCCUGCACUAAAAACCUUCUACACAAACCUGGUGGUGCUGCCUGCUGUAAUGGAGUACAUGCAGUUCAUCUUCAUUGGGCUGGGCCUUUGCCUCGCCAUAGUAGGGGCCACUAUCCUGGGAUUCUGCCGUAAGAGGUCUGAGAGUGCAACAAAAGUUGAUGCGCAGUCACAGGAUGGAGGGAAGAGCAUAAAAGGCACAGGAAAAGAGUCGAGCGCUGAUUCGAAGCAAGUGGGGAAAGUUUUAGCAGAAGAGCGGCUCUGAGAAGGCAGAGCUGCCCCACCCAAACACAGACCCAAGGACCUCCACUAUCGGGAAAGACCCCUUACUGCCGGACGGCACGGACUGAGUCUGACCGGCAGCCAAUCACAGCCCUGCACGCCUAUGCCUGCUCCGCCCAUCCACACUCACUCCUCCCCCCUCGCUCUGCUGGGAUUGCUACUAACACCCUUCCCUUCCUGGUGCUGCUGCUGGCGAGAAUAUGCGUUUGAGAGCCAAGGACAGCUGUGUAGUUGUCCCUGGAUGGGAGAGCAGAGGGUUUAGGCACCCACCGCCCCCCAUUCCCCAAAAUUCAGCCCUCCAGAGCCGGUAUCACUCAGAACACAUCAUAGGAUCUGAAUUUGGUGCCAGUUACUGCUCAGUCGCAGCUGAUUUAUUCAUGCCCACUCAUUGGACAAAUAAGAAGGAAAAUGCAAAUAUAAUAUAUAUAUAUAUAUAUAUAUUAUAAGAGAAUAUCCUAGGAGCACAGUGGUUCUCAAAUUCUGUUGUGUAGACUGUCAGCUCCAGUCUAUGUAAUGAUAGAAAUCAAAGAGAAACGAAAGACCGCGAAGCACAAGGUACUGAUGAGGACAUUGGACCUUGGGUGAUGUGUUUGCAGUGUGUUUUUUUAUUUAUUUUUUUAGGGAAAAUUAAAUCUGAGAUUAGAUUAAUUAUACAGUAUCAUGAUGUAGUCCUUUAAGUUCAAAAAUUUUUGAAAGUAAUAUUUGCAGUAUGUCAAGUGACUAAAUAAAUGGAUGGACUACAUUUAUAUAGCGCUUUUAUCCAAAGCGCUUUACAAUUAAUGCCUCUCUUUAACCCAUUCACACACCAACGAUGAAAGGCUGCCAAUCAACUCGGGUUGAUUAACUAACUAGGGGUUAGGUGUCUUGCUCAGGGACACUUCGACACGCCCAGGGCGGGGGAUUGAACCGGGAACCCUACGACUGCCAGACAACCGCUCUUACCUCCUGUGUCACCCCAUAUACCAAUACCAUUGUCAGCUGUAGUUAGUAUUGGCAGUUUUUAAAAACAGUACCUCAUCUUAAUUUAGAUGUCUGUUCUAGAAAAAUGGGUUUUACUGCUUUUGUCAUGUUCUGUUUUCAUAGCAAAGACCAAUUUUAUCAUGCUAAUGAAAACACUGGGAAACUAUAUCCCCUUCGAGAGUAAAAAAAAAAAGAAUAUAUACAAUAUGUGCAUACAUGAUGACUGUUAAUUGUAGAUGGUUGUAGAGGUUAUUCCACUCCUUAUUUUUUUAAGACCAACAUACACACCAUACAGAGUUCUCUGACCGAAGUGCUCUUUGGUUCUCGUCUACCAUUCACUAAUUGAACACAAGGUAUCAGGUAGUGGUCAGGAGGGCCACAUUUUCCUUAACUGAGAAGUCUGAGAAUUUAACCCAAAUGAUGGGAUGCUUUAUAUCCCUCAAUGCACUGCUGCCACUGCCAAGGUCUCCCUGGGGUAAGCCGAAGCCUCACAGGAGCCUCACUCACCAGUUUGUCUGUGCUCUCUACCAAUGUGUGGGUCUGCUGCUGUCUGCCUAGCUGUAGGCACUGCUCACAACCCCUUUUUUAUGUGAUUCAUCGGUGCUGAUAGGGCAGAACCUCCAGAGGGGGUACUGUCACUUCCUGUACUGUUGGGGGUUGUUGUCCACAGUCUGUCUCAUCUGAACUGUACAGAUGGGACUGGUAAUCGUUUUGAAUAAUCAACUGGAAUUUCAAAGUGCUUCGUUUUCGUAUUCUUGCUUUGUUGACAUACUAUACUGUAUUACACUACCUUCAUGAACAUCCAAAGAAUACGCUUGCUAGUGCCAAAAGAUGAUCAGAUAGGUGGGCUAGAACCUGACUCCUAAUCUGUCCUGUUGCAGCUGUACUGUAUGGAUGGGGUGAGCAGUGGUUAGGGGUUUUGUUUGGAGUUGUGUAAGGAAUGCUAUUUGAAGGUUUGGGCAAAUAGACAGACUUGAAGCAGACUUCUUUUGGAUAGGCCAGAUAGUCCUGUGGAACAGACCAACUUCACAUUUUUGAGACAAGCUCAUUCGAACUGUUUAUUUUUGGGUUCAUGUCCAAACUGAAGGGGAGAUGAGCACAAACUUUGCUUCAGUGAUUUAUUAACAAAAGCGAGCUAUGCACAACUAAUGAGGUCAGUUAUGUAAAUGUGGGUUGGUGUUUUUGAGAAACCAAAUGGUACUUGAAUCCAUGUGUUCUCCAGCUGUGUUAAAUAUUCUGAGAACAUCCAGCUUUUCUGUACUUGCUCUCAUGAAAUUAAUUUAAAUAUUUGAGUUUCCGGAAGGUACCUCUGUCUCCUUCUGUUUCUCACAUCAAUAAAAACCUCACCGAACAUCA